GGGGCGAUGAACAGAUGAGCUCAGCUGCACAAGUAACAGCAACUUUAAUCGCUGCAGGAUUUCUUCUGGUGGUAGGACAGCAACGGAAGAAUCAUGAACCCAGUCAGUGAAAAUCCUUCCGGUUUCCAGCCCAAACGCCCUGCGCUGUCGUGGGGUGUGAAAAUCAAGAGGAAGUUGAAAAGCAUGGCUCCUUUCCUGGGCAGGUUCAGGCCGCUGGUUGGACAGUGCUGUCACCAAUGCACCCCGGAGAGUCUGGGUCUGAAGUUGCUGCGUAACACUCCUCCUCUGGGCUUUCAGAACCUGACGUGUGUGAACGAGACACGCACCGGGUACCGUGGCUGGUUAGUAAGGAGGGUGUGCUGUUUGCUGUUUGUAUGGGGCUGUGAAGUUCACCCCAGCCCUGCUGGAGACAGGCGGCACAGAGUCUAUGGCAGCGAGAGAGUGAGGCAGGCUUUGAUGACGGCAUGUUCACCAGAUGAGAUCAAGGCGAUGGAGCAGGUGAUGCCUGAAGUCAGAAGUAAUUUAGGCAGACUUUUGACCAUCACACAGACCUUCAUCUCCCCCUGGCUACUCAGGCUGGUGAGCUGGAUGCUGCUGAAGUUCUUCAGUUUGAUCUUCUGCAGUGUACAGGUCAACCUCAACCAGAUGGCAGCUUUACAUCGCGCUACACAACUGAAAUAUCCACUGGUCUAUGUGUGUGUUCGGCAGAGCGGCAUCGAUCACGCUCUCAUUUGUCUGACUCUUUUCUGCCACAACUUGAGGGUUCCCUACCCCAUUUACCCAGCCCACUACCCAGCCCACGUCCGACACACCUCGCUAAGGUCCAUCCUUCAGAGGCUGGGUGUCGUCUUGCUCCCAGAAGGCAGUGGCUCAGAGCGAGACGCUGAGAUGGACAGCCUCUAUUCUCCAGUCAUGACCUCUUUUAUUGGUGAGCUGUUACGAGAGGGGGCUGCAGUCAGCGUGGGCAUCUGUGCGUCCGGAGGUCACAGUGGGCAGUGGCUAGCACGUGUACAUCAGGCCAUCAGUGACGGUCUAGUGCCUGAUGUUAGCAUCGUGCCAGUGGGCAUUUCCUACGAUUGCCUGCCACGCUAUUUUACACGUCCACAGGCCGGCCUGAUGUCUGCUCUGCGGUUUGCCGUCUCCCUGCUGAAGUGUGAUCACAGAGGAAGUGUUAGGAUCCAUUUUGCUCAGGCUUUCUCUCUGAAGGAGAUGUGCGAGAGUGGAAAGUGUCGUGUGGAUGGAGGGCGCCCCCUACAGGACCUGCUGUUGACCGCCAUACUGCACGACAGGAUGGACACUAUCUUCAGCCAGAAGGAUGUUUCCUGGCUCCUCCCUCCCGCUAUCAUGCCUGAACUGUCUCCCGCUGAUAGACAGCAGACUAUCGCACUGACUCUUCAUUUGAUGUACUCUUCAACUACAAGUAUGGCCGUCAUGUGUACCAGUCUGGUGUCCUGUUUGCUGCUCCACAAGCAUCGCAAGGGUGUGCGUGUAUCCGUGCUGUGCAGGGACAUCUGUUGGCUGCUGGAGGAGGUGUUGUUUAGAAACACAGACGUGGGUUACGGUGGCUCUCUGGUCGGGCUGGUGCAUCACGCGCUCUCUCUGCUCCACCCGUAUCUGCUUCUGGCUGCAGCUCCGCCCACAGGAGAACCCAUCAUCGCACCCCGGCCCGAUCCAGACUCUCUGCUCAUACUGAGCCAGCACUGCGAUUUGCUCACUCACGUCUUCAUACACGAGGCUGUAGGAGCGUGUGCCGUCUCAGCCAUGCUGAGUGAGGUUGUAGGCUGUGGAGACCUGGAGUUUGAUGUUGUUCUGGGCCAGGAGGAGCUGACAGAGAAAAGCCUCCAACUCACACAUCUACUGUCACCCGGCUUCAUACCGCCGUGUCAAACCGCUCAUGGCUUUGCUCUUGAUGUGGUGGACAGCAUGGUGCGCUGCGGGGUUCUUGUUAUGGAGGAGGUUCAGAGGGAUACACCGGUUUGUGACUUCAUGAAGAGGCAAGGUGUGUUGUCAUGGGCUGCUUCAGACAAUCCUGACCAGAGCAGCGAUUCAGACUGUGAGGAACCAGACGCACGCUCUUAUAAGGUGUUGAUUGAGGACGGGCAGAGAGAAGAUGUGUAUCUAGAUGUCAGUCCUCUCUUCUCUCAGUGUGCUCACAAAGAGAAACUCUUGCAGUUUUUCAAACAGUUCAUGUAUAACUGAAAGAGAAAAGUAAAUGUUUGGAAGAGAAGUCAGUCUCAGCUGGGAAUGAUAACAGUAAGCACUUCUGAAAUUCCUGUUCAGUUCUUCAGUGUAGUGUAAAUCAUUAAUUAUGAAUGCUUUUUUGUGUUUAUAUGUCUGUUUUGCUGAGAGCACUUGCUUUUUGUAAUAUACAUGAUGCUGAGGCUGCGUUUUUGUUAGAUUUUGUUGUUGAGAGCCCAGAAUUGGUUUAGUUAUUGGUUGGAUAAUGACUAUUCAGAUGGUUAAAUAAUGUUCUCUGUUUAUGAAGAGCAGAUAAAUUCCUGCUAAAAGUUUUUUUGUUA